CUAACGUCUAGGCUGUGUCUCAGAAAGAAGUGCGCCUCCGGCUGGGGGCUAUCUGCUUUUGAAGGUCGGCACCGCCCCGAUACCAGCCUUCGACUUUCAUACAGUACGGCACCCAUGCACUGCGACAUGACCAAAGCGCCCUGGCUCCCCCCAUGGCUAGUGGUUCGAGCGAUAUUAUAUCAGGCAAGCCAAAUCCAAGUGCGGACUGUCGCCCUCUGUCUUGACCAUCUCGAGUCUCUUCUAGUCAACGCUUUCCUGUAUAGUCACACGGACGACAACGUCUUCUUCAGACUUUCCAGACCCUCUACGCCAAUUGGGUUAUACGUUCACGUCUCCAUCAAUCACCACUGGGACAAGAAUUGGCCUCAAUCCCUCAAUCCCCUCAUCAGUCUGAAGAACUGCAAGACGGGGUGUGUCCUCCGGCUUACCAGUUUUCACUUCAAGCCGAUCGGAAACUGGGUAGAGACAUCUAACGGACCCCAACAUUUUCAUCAGCUAUAAUCCAAAUGCUACCAGUACAUAUAAGGCCAACUGCUGCCAACAACAACUUGUUGGUUAAUGGAGUACCUCAGACGCCGGACAGGUCGGCAGGAUCCCAGACGGCACUUCUGGAACAGGCCGCACUUCAAAGAAAGCAGAAGAAAAAAACCACGGCAGUGAUCCGUGGCAUCAGGGCGACUCUGUGUGCGACAGCCGCUAAUGAGGGCUAUAUCUAUGCAACCCACAAUCGAACAAACGGACUCGUGAAAGUUGGAUACGGCGGUAUUAGCAGUCUAGAUCGACCCACCGAUAUGGCAAAAUGCAAGUUUGAUCCCGGGAGAAUAUUCGAAACGCCAAAUUUCAGAGGGGCAUUCAGAGCUGAAAAAAUAGUCCAUGGCCUACUUUCCCAAUGGAACAAGGAGGUGGAAUGUACUAGGUGCAUAAAUAAACACAAGGAAUACUUUGACUGUGGACUUGGCUUUGCCAUAUCAACAAUCGACGUUGUGACGACAUGGCUUCUCAAGGAGCCUUAUUUGAUAGAAGGCGAAACGGGUUCAUUGAAAGACAACUGGAAAGAAGCCUUGGAUAUUUUCGAGCGGAGUCAAGAUUCCGAUGAACCCAUGGACUGGUUUGAAUUUUUCCUCAACGACGUCGAGUCCCAACUUGCCUGGAGAUGGCGUAACUCACUCUCACGCGCCCCAAUGUUAACGUCUUUGGCAGAACACCCAGUACAGCUUCUCCAAAACGGGACCUUGCGGUUUGCAUCGAAAAAGAGAACACCCCAAAAAACACCCAAUGGCAGCCCUGCUGUUCCCCAGACGUCAUCGGCCACCCGUAAAGUACGUCAAAGGGAUCUAUCAGAACCUGCGCUGCCGAGACGUCCAGAGUCGGCACCACCGAAGGGGUCGUCAACUUGGGAUCAAAGCCCGUCGCCUCCGGAGACGCCUUCAAAGCCACCAAAGCCCGUAACGCGCUCUUCAGCCAAGGCGGCGAAAACCAAUUCUUCUUCUCGGUUGAGAAGCAAGAAACGGCAGGAGGACAACAGCGAAGAGGAUGAGAAUGCUGCCGUGAAAGAAGAGGACGAAGAAGGAAAUGACCUAGAGGAUGAGGACGGCAGAGAACACGUGUCCGUUGCAGAGCUCGAGGAUUCCGGACUGGCGGCGGCAAUUAGCAAAUUGGCCCUUGCGGAGGGCUGGAAGUCCAGCCGCGUGUUCUUCAGGGACCUCUCCAUCGAUUUCGAAUCCUUGCAGGAUCCCAAGUCAGGGAGAAAGUCAAUCAAUAUCGCAGUGCGAAGAAGUUCUGGGGCUACGGUCGGUUUGUCAUCGAGGUCGAGGAGGUAAUUGUGUCCUGUGUCGAGAUAGCCUCUGUGUACUUUAGUUUCAAUGCAACGUUUUCCAGAUCA